AGGGUGGGUAAGACCUCAAGCAGAUCCUCCCCUUCCAGCGCCGUCAGCAGCCUCUCCACACAGCAAGAGAGGGAACUGAGGGGAGAGGAAGAACCUUCCCCCCCCACCACUGAUCCCCUCCCCCUCUAUUUAUACCUCUCUCUCUCACACACGCACACAAGGAGAGGCAGCUGCAGUCGAGCGGGAGAAGGGGACCGUCACUUCCUCCUUUCUGCUCCCAGGUGAACAAGCAGCACCGUUUUGAAUUUGCAGUGAAACAUAAAUGCUCCACAGCAGCUAAUCCAUCUGCUUUGGUCAAGUGUAGAAAGUUGAACUAAAUUUGUUGGCUUGUGGCGAUGGAUAGAGCAAGUGCUGCAUUGCGGAAGCGAAAUCAGUAUAAUAGUCGGAAUGAAACUGACGUGGAAGAAAGUAGGCCACGAAUUCAAAAGGCUCUGCUGAGGGACAAGUGUUGCCAGACAGACCACCACCACCAUGGCUGCUGUGAACCAGCGUACACUCAGGAGCCAGGAGACCCACCUCUAUUGCAGCAGCAACUUCCAACUUCGAAAUCAGGAAUUCAGCAAAUCAUUGAGUGUUUUCGGACAGGAACCACACAACUAAAACAUAUUUUGCUGAAAGAGGUAGACACCAUCUUUGAAUGCAAAUUGUGUCGAAGUCUAUUCCGAGGAUUGCCCAACCUUAUUACACAUAAGGAGUUCUACUGCUUCCCAAGCCUAAAGAUGGAUGAACAUUUCACAGAUCCAAGCGAUAAACAGAGUCACACGAUACGGGAACUUUUGGAAGCAAUUUAUCCCAGGGUUGAUAAGCAGGAAUACAUCAUCAAACUGGAACCCAUAGAAACAAAUCAUAAUGCAGUGUACCAGCAUGUAACUAGACUUGAUGACCCAGUCCUCAAUGUAGAGACAUACAGUCCUCAAACAUCAAGCCCAUUGCCAGUACAAGAGUCAGACAUUGAAAAGAUGCCAGAGAUUGUACCAGAGGAAGCAUUGGAACUUGUCCAUUCAGUUCCUACAGAGCUUAUUAAGAAAGAAAUAUCAGCUCAAAGGUUAGAACAAAGUCCGGAGCCCCUCCUUACAGAGAUAGAGAUCUCCAAUGGUUCCAGUCUUGCUGCCCACUUGGUCUGCUGCCUCUGUGCAAAAACUUUCAAUUCCCGACGUAGUGUAAGGCGACACAUUAGAAAAGUGCAUAAAAAGAAGAUGGAGGAGCUGAAAAAGUACAUCGAAACAAAGAACAGUGCGGGGCACCAAUCCUCUCUCUCGAACUCCAGGAAACGGUCAAAGGGCAUUGGAAUAGUCAGUGUAGGCAGGAACUGUCCUGUGUGCCACAAGUUCUUUGCCACAAAAGCAAAUGUGCGUAGGCACUUCGAUGAAGUGCACAGAGGCCUAAGGAGGGACUGCAUUACACCCGACAUCGCCACCAAACCAGGGCAGCCACUCAGCUUGGAAGAGACAUCAACUGAGCACCCGGUGGUCCCUUUGCCUCGCAAGCGCAAGUCUUCCUCAAAAGCAGAAUACAACCUGACAGCAUGCAAGUGCCUUUUGUGCAAGAGAAAGUACAGCUCACAAGUCAUGCUGAAGCGCCACAUGCUGAUUGUGCACAAAAUGAAUCUGGGAGAGAGUCUGUCUAAGCCUCCAGAGCAGAGUACAGCUAUGGUGUGCUGUGUGGAGUUGACUGAAGCUAGUACCUACUGCACCGGCAACAUCGAGGGGCCUCUGCUUGCCAGUAGGCCCUCACCUCAGGGCGAGCCCAAAGGCUCCAGUCUAACAGGUGAAAAGAAAAUCACCCCAGUGCUGAAAAACAAAGUGAAACAAGAAAACGAGAGUCCAAAGGCUUCAAGUCCGGCUGCUGUAAUUGGCCACUCCAAGCCCAAGAAACCCAAGCUCUCAAUGGGUUUCGACUUCAAGCAGCUCUACUGCAAGCUGUGCAAACGGCAGUUCACCUCCAAGCAGAACUUGACAAAGCACAUUGACCUGCACACAGACGGCAACAAUUUCUACGUCAAGUUCUACAAGUGCCCACUGUGCACCUAUGAGACACGUCGCAAGAGGGACGUCGUCCGGCACAUAACAGUGGUGCACAAGAAGUCAACUCGCUACCUGGGCAAAAUCACGGCCAACCUAGAGAGCCGGGCGGUGAAAAAACCGAUCGAGUUUGUGUUGAACAGAGUGCCGAGGAGAGGCCCCCAGAGAGACGAAACCAAGCACGCCAAGAAGCACGACAGUACUUCUGCCUCCCCUGUCCCCUGUCCUGCUGUUGCUGGCAGGAAAACUGACGGAGCAGAGCCUGGCACUGAAGUUAAAUUCACCAAACACUUCUCGCUGCACAAGUGCACUAAGUGCGGAAAAGCAUUCGCCAAAAAAACCUACCUGGAGCAUCACAAGAAGACACACAAAAAUGCAAUGGUGGCGCCGGAAGGAAAUAAAAAUGUUGGCCGCAGCACCCGAUCCAAGGCCCUUCUCUCUGAUAAUUCCAGAUGACAUGUCAAUAAAUCAACUUGUUGGGAUUCUUGUCGUUUGAAGAUUCAAUUUGGUAGCCAAGACACUGAAAAUCAUUGAGCAAAUAGCAGCUGUGAAGAAAUAGGAAACCAAAGCAGCAUGGGCACGAAAUUAGGAGCAAUUCUGUGAAAUGAAGUUUAAACCAAGAGAUGAAUGAAUUUUUACGAACCAAAAUGUAAAGUGGUACAACAUUCCAGAAUGGCGCUCCAGUCACUCUCUGGCAGAAAUGCAAUGUGCUCUACCAACAUUGAAUGGCAAGUUGCUUUCCAACACCUUGGUGAAAUGUGCUCUGUGCUCACAAGAGUGAAUAGAUCUUGCAACUGACCAAUCUUUUAUGGUUGAUUAAAAAUCAUGGUACAGUUAUAAUGCUGCUGUAGAGUGGUGUAUGUUUGUUAUGAACUCCCAGAUCUCUGAUGGCUUAGCAGGAACCAGAAGAAUUUUGAUUGGAACAAGGAGAGAGCAACAUGCCAUGGAACACACUGUAUUGUUCUCCUGCAAAGACUCUGCUGUAUAUAACCUGACCUUUC